CUCCCGAGCUCAUUUAUGUGCAAGGAGUGAUUGACUUUAUCAGUCCAAGGACAUCAUUCGCUUGGAAAGGGGGGGAAGUUUGAUCAUCUUUCUCACGGAUCCCAGUUACGGGAGUUUUGCUCCCGUUUACCGAGACCCUGGAUUAUCGUUUCUUUUUGCAAUUCAAGAUUUCUUUAUUGAAGUUUACGUGAAAUUGUGCUCAAUUUACCGUUACCCGCUUGACUCCACCAAACAGGGGUUUCUCUCUCUCUUUUUUUCACUUGCUUUUUCUCAAUUGAACCCAAUGACUAUGCUCCUUGAUAGCGCUCCUCAGUUCCCUUCACUUGGAGUAGGGGGGUUUGGAACACCUAGACAUCAUGAUUUGGGAAACCGAGACCCCGGGCUGGGGCUCAGUCCCUUCGCAGAUUCAUCUCACUCGGCUGCCUUCAAGAUAAGUCCGGUUACUCACGAUAUCGCCUCCAGCCAGUCGUCAGCGUUCACCCCGCAAGCUACUGGAUACGCAGCCGCGCUCGGACACCACCACGGAGGACAAGUUGGUUCCUACGCCAGUGGAGCAUUCAAUUCGACCAGGGACUUUCUCUUCAGAAACAGGGGCGCAGGCAUCGGAGAGACCGCACCGCCGAGUGCCCAGCAUGGAAUCUUUGCAGCUUCGGCGGGGAGUCUACACGGGCCCCCCGGAAUUUCGGACAACCCGGGACAUCUGUUGUUUCCUGGACUUCACGACCAGAGCUUGAGCCACACUUCACCGGGGGGACAUGUUGUAAACAGUCAAAUGCACCUGGGUUUACGCGGGGACAUUUUUGGCCGUCCAGAUCCGUACCGACCUGUGGCCAGCCCUCGCACGGACCCUUACGCCACCGCUCAGCUCCAUAACUACAACCAUCCCAUCAAUAUGAACAUGGGGAUGAACGUACCCACACACCACGGUCCGGGGGCCUUCUUCAGAUACAUGCGGCAACCAAUUAAGCAAGAAUUGUUUUGUAAGUGGAUAGAUGAGAAUCAGAUGAACAGACCCAAAAAGACUUGUGACAGAACUUUCAGCACAAUGCAUGAAAUGGUUACACAUGUUUCAAUGGAACACGUUGGCGGCCCAGAACAGAGUAGUCAUGUUUGCUUCUGGGAGGACUGCCCGAGAGCGGGGAAAUCCUUUAAGGCCAAAUACAAACUCGUGAACCACAUCCGAGUGCACACUGGAGAGAAGCCGUUCCCGUGUCCGUUCCCUGGUUGUGGGAAAAUCUUUGCAAGAUCAGAAAAUCUAAAAAUUCACAAAAGAACUCACACAGGUGAGAAGCCAUUUAAAUGCGAGUUCGACGGCUGCGACAGGCGCUUUGCAAACAGCAGCGACAGGAAAAAGCACAUGCACGUGCACACAUCUGACAAGCCAUAUAUCUGCAAAGUGUGUGACAAGUCCUAUACACAUCCAAGCUCUCUCAGGAAACACAUGAAGGUACACGAAUCACAAGGCUCAGAGUCGUCUCCAGCUGCUAGCUCUGGAUACGAAUCCUCCACGCCGCCAGUGCUGGUUUCUGCGAACACUGAAGACCCGACAAAAACACCCACGUCUGCAGUGCAAAAUGCAUCUGCACACAGCGAUGGACUACCGCCUAAUUUUAACGAAUGGUACGUUUGAAGCUCCAAGCAGACUCUCAAAUGGUGGACCAAUGGUUGAAGUAACCUUAAAAAAAACUAUUUACGCUAUGGCGUACAAAAUGGCAUUGAAACAACAGGAAAAGAUGAGAGUUCGCCAGCAGGCCUCGUCCAUCCUCAGGAUUCGAAAUUUGACUUUAUUCCGAGUUCGGAGAAAACUAUCAAGGCGUAAAAUAACAAAAUAACACUUUCUAAGAAUAAAUGGAUUUCCUUUAGUUUUCAGAUUUCAGAUGAUUAUUUUAUUUUUAAUUUUAUGUAUUUUCUGAAAAAAAAAUAUUUAAAAAUAAUGGCAAAGAAAGAAUAUUACACGGUGUUUUAUAUUAAGGUGACACACGCCUUUAAGUUGAUUGUUAAAACUUCAGACAGUCUUAAGAAACGUGCCAAAGUCUUUGUCUUGAACUUGAACAAAAUAAUAAAUAAGUAUUUAGCCUACUCGUGAAUGUAUUUCCUUGUUUGAUGGAGUCAAAUCUGUUGUCCAAGUCCGUUUUCAGGUGGAGAAAUGUGGUAUUAGCUUACGAUUGUUACCUUUGAAUAUAACGUUGCCUUUGUUGAUAAUGAUGUAUAUACAUAUCCAUGAUGCCAUAUUUAUCAAUUUGUAAUUUAAUUAUCGGCGAAAGAGCCGACUUUUAAAUUAUAUUUAUGGAAAUGUUUUCUAACAAGACUGUACAGUUUGAAUCAAUAACCAGUUUUAACAAGGAAAAAGGGAGUCAGUUCUAAAGUUCCCUCGAUACGAUUGUAUCUUUUUUUAGCCAUUAUAUGUGUCUAAGUAUUAAUUAUAUUAAUAUUAUGACAUGAACUAUAGUUUAAAGCAGGCUAUGCAUUUUCCAACGUAAGUUCAUGUGAGGACCUGUAUAAAAAGAAACAAUAAAAAAUCCCCUUUAAAUCACUGAUGAAUCUGAAGAAUGUGAGGUUCUUAUCAAAAUUACAUAUUUUAUAUUUGUUCUUUUCUUUACUCUUAGCAUCAAAGUAUAGAUUACAUCUCUAAGGUAGAUCUAUAAGGAACACUAAAAAUUCAAGAGGCCCACUGACCUGUGUUUUCACCUACACGCCACUUUUUGAUCAGAUACACCAUGCAAUAGCAUAGCUCCCAUUCAUGCAUCAACUUUGAACUCGAGUGACAGUGUUAAAGACAUUAUAUUCUUGGGUUUGAGGUACAGCCAUUUGAAUCAGUAUGGAAUUCCAUUUUUGAUGGUUCCAGAACUGUCUUUGUGGAUGCAAGUCUUUGUUUAACGUGUCAAAGAGGAGCAAUGAUCUGUCACAACAGUAAACUCAAAAUAAAACUUUUUGUCUGCCAGUUUGCAUUGUUUUAAAUGUAGUUAUUUUUGUGAAUAUAGCGUGUUGUUUGUUAAGAGUAUGGUAAAACAUAUAGAAAACUUUGAUUACAUAUUUGCUUGUUUUAUGUGAACAACUUUUUUUCCAGACGUGGAACUGUAUGUGUGAAUGAAAUGUAGUGUUAAGAGUACUAUAACUUUUUAAUGUGCAAAAGGGAGGGGAAAAUAUGUGUUCAGUGACACCAAGAUUACAGCGUUGCAUUGUAACAUAUUUUUUAAGAGACUAAAAUUAUGCAUAUAAAUAUAUUGUGCUUAUGACCAUGAUUUCAAACCACCAGCACUACUUUUGAAAACAAACCUUAAAAAAAUACAGUACCUCGUAAGUAACAUGAUAUAAAUGUUUAUUUAAAUAAUUUAAUGAAUAUAUGUUUUAUAUGCUAUUUUAUAUACGUUAAGUUAAAAGAAAGAUUUAUUUCAGCCACCAUCGAUGUAUCUUCAGCCCUGAUCUCAUACAGAUCUGAUGUACAAAUGGAGCUUGAAUGUGAUUCUGUGAUUUUUUUUUCUCGUGGAAAUGGGUCACGCAUCAAGUUAUUCCUGAAAAGCACGUUUUACUGAUGAACUGUGUCACUGUGCCAUUUUCGAGGCAAACGAUGUUACUACAUACCUAUUAAAAUUUCAGCAAAAUCUUGUACUUUCUUUCGAGGUAGGGUUAUUGUUUGUU